AUGACGGAGAAGGUUAGAUGGGACAAGACAGGGAAGGUUGGAUGGGACAGAGCGGGGAAGGUUGGAUGGGAGAGAGUGGAGAAGGUUGGAUGGGACAAGUCGGGGAAGGUUGGAUGGGACAGGGUGGGGAAGGUUGGGUGGGACAAUACAGGGAAGGCGGGGAAGGAUGGAUGGGACAAGAGGGGGAAGGUUGGAUGGGACAGGGCGGGGAAGUUUGGAAGGGACAAGAGAGGGAAGGUUGGAUGGGACAAGGCGGGGAAGGUUGGAUGGGAGAAUGCGGGGAAAGUUGGAUGGAACAAGACGGGGAAGGUUAGAUGGGACAAGGCGGGGAAGGUUGGAUGGGAGAAUGCGGGGAAGGUUAGAUGGGACAAGGUGGGGAAGGAUGGAUGGGACAAGACGGGGAAAGGUUGGAUGGGAGAAUGCGGGGAAAGUUGGAUGGAACAAGGCGGGGAAGGUUAA